CCAUGAAUUGAUUAGUAAAAUGGAAGAUCCAUACUUCAUUGUUAAGUCAGACGUGGAACGAGCCCUCGAAAAUCUGACAAAGCUUCAUGAUUCCUUUAAUAAAUCACAGAGUAAUUCUCACUCGAAUGGUUUCAAGGAAAUCAACGAUAUUAGAGGCGAAAUUAAAACUGCUCUCCGAGAUGUGCAAUAUGAUAUCGAGGAUAUAGAAGAAACUGUCCGAAUAGUUGAAGCCAACCCCAAAAAGUUCAAAAUUAACUCAAAUGAAAUCAAUUCUCGGAAGCAAUUCAUCGAAGCUUCGAAAGACAAACUAAAAAUUGUAGACGCAGCGAUUAGGAACGCUAAGACAACCAAUGGCGUCACAAACGAUUUCUCUAAGAAGAAAAAGCAGAGUAGCUAUGCAAAAACCUCUAAGUCAGGCAGUAACAAUGUGAAAUAUUCAAAGUUAGAGUCUUAUCAUGAUGAAGAAAACGACAAAUUUAUCAGCAAUACCGUUAAUGAGCAACAACAACUUCUACAUAGACAAGAUGAGGAGAUUGACCGAGUGACAACAAGUAUCGGAGUUCUGAAGUCAAUGAGCAGACAGAUCGGAGAUGAGUUGGACGACCAGAAUGAAGCGCUUGAUGAUCUGCACCACGAGAUGGAUUCAACAUCCUCCAAAAUGGACAACGUGAUGAAGAAAUUGGCUAAAGUGACCCGACUGUCAGAUGACAAGCGACAAUGGACAGCCAUAUUUGUGCUCUCAAUCACUAUUUUAAUUUUGUUUCUUCUUCUUGUGAUUCUCUGACAUCGUAUGGCCCAUAUGCGAGCAUGUGUUGCUCAUUUUAUGGACUUUAUUAUAUACAAUUCAUAUAUCUUUUCCGGUA